GGGGGGCGCUGCACGUCGUAUCCGUGAAGACAAAAGCGCGGAGUUGUCGUUCUCCUCUCAGCCGGCGACACUCCCCCUUUCUGCUCUUUCUCGCGGGGUGGGCGGGUGUAAAGAAGAUGGCGGAGAGCGGCGCUGACGGUGCGGCCUCCAGCACCCCCGUGCCGGCGCCGGGGAAAGGCCUCAUCCGGGUCACAGUGAAAACGCCUAAGGACAAGGAGGAGAUCGUGAUCGGGGAGACGGCGUGUGUGCGGGAGUUUAAGGAGGAGAUUUCCAGGCGGUUCAAAGCCAAAAAGGAUCAGCUGGUACUGAUCUUUGCCGGGAAGAUUUUGAAAGAUGGCGACACGUUGAACCAGCACGGCAUAAAAGACGGUCUCACUGUACAUCUGGUGAUCAAAACGGCACAGAAGUCACAGGACCCGUCAGCCUUGUCCCCCUCAGCUGCAGCUACUGCUGCCGCCGUCGCAGCAUCUACCGCCUCCAUUGCCUCCUCUCCGCCUGCAGGAAAUGCCUCGCCUCCGCAUCCCAGCUCCUCGGGCACCACCACCCCCGACAGCUCGGUUGGGACCACAAGGGGGAGUGCAGGGAAUGGCACGGCCCCUCCAGAGGUCACGCCCUCUCCAAACAUCCUGUCUGGUUUUGGAGGCCUGUCCGGGCUGGGUAACCUGGGCAUGGGCUCUGCCAACUUCAUGGAACUCCAGCAGCAGAUGCAGCGUCAGCUCAUGUCCAACCCGGAGAUGCUGUCUCAGAUAAUGGAGAACCCGCUGGUUCAGAACAUGAUGUCCAACCCUGACCUCAUGAGGCAGAUGAUCAUGGCGAACCCCCAAAUGCAGCAGCUGAUGGAGAGGAACCCAGAGAUCAGCCACAUGCUGAACAACCCAGAGCUGAUGAGGCAGACCAUGGAGUUGGCCCGCAAUCCAGCCAUGAUGCAGGAAAUGAUGAGGAACCAGGACCGAGCCCUGAGUAACUUGGAAAGCAUUCCUGGGGGAUAUAACGCCUUACGCCGGAUGUACACCGAUAUCCAGGAGCCCAUGUUCAGUGCAGCCAGAGAGCAGUUUGGUAGUAACCCAUUUUCCUCAGCUGGCGGCUCUGAGGGUUCGGCCUCGCAACCUUUACGCACAGAGAACCGCGAACCCCUUCCAAACCCCUGGAAUCCUUCUUCUCCAUCUGCCCAGAGUCAGACACCCGCCAGUGAGGGAAACGGCGGCUCCACUACCAGCCAAACUGCUCCAACUGUGUCAAACCCAUUCGGGAUCAAUGCCGCCAACCUUGGAACAGGCAUGUUCAGCAACCCGGAAAUGCAGGGUCUUCUACAGCAGAUCUCCGAGAACCCCCAGCUAAUGCAGAGCAUGAUCUCUGCCCCCUACAUGCGCAGUAUGAUGCAGUCUCUCUCCCAGAAUCCAGACUUCGCCGCCCAGAUGAUGGGUAACAUUCCAAUCUUUGCUGGUAACCCCCAGUUACAGGAGCAGCUGCGGCUCCAGCUGCCGGUCUUUCUCCAGCAGAUGCAGAAUCCCGAAUCGCUCUCUGUAAUGACCAAUCCUCGAGCCAUGCAGGCUCUGCUUCAGAUCCAGCAAGGGCUCCAGACGCUCCAGUCAGAGGCUCCCGGGCUGAUAUCCAGUCUCGGCUCCUUUGGUAUUCCUGGGAUGCCCCCUACAUCCAGUGGAAGCACAGCCCCCGAACCCCCUUCCCCUGCCACACCGACUAGUGCCUCUCCAAUGGGUGACGGCAGCAACCCUCAGCAGCAGAUGAUGCAGCAGAUGAUCCAGCUUCUUGCUGGAGGAAGCUCGCCGGGGCAGACUCCAGAAACGCGUUUCCAGUCCCAGUUGGACCAGUUAAAUGCGAUGGGAUUUAUUAACCGCGAAGCCAACCUACAAGCCCUCAUAGCAACAGGAGGAGACAUCAACGCCGCCAUCGAGAGACUGUUGGGCUCGCAACCCUCUUAAUAACAGCUGCCCGCAGCCAGAAAUCACAGGAACACGCAAGCCCUGGCCGUACCAUCCGGGUCCACGUAUAUUUGCCUCCACCGCCAAGCAUCAUGGGAAGGGACUGCGGUCUGCUGCUGACACAUUACCAUCUUUGCACUGACUAACAAGGACGCCACGUGAUGUGGGCUUCUACAUUCAUCAUCUCCCUUGCACUCUGCGGGGUGCGAGCUGUCUGUUUCCUAAUCUCGGCUCUCUCGGCACCGCUUUAACCUCGCGGCAGCAUCUCGCUGUUAUCCCACAGGACAGCCUGUAAAGCCUGCUAACAGCGCCGAUCGCUCAUAACUAUUUAACUCACUAAUCUACAGAUGACCUUGCUCAGCGGAUAUUGUGAAGAUUAUCAAACGUGUAGGAUUUUAUUUUUUAUUUUAAAUUUUAACCCUCCCCAUUGCCCUAACUACGUGGAGUCUUAUUUUCAUUUAGAUUUGAUUUUAACAAUAAACAAAAUGUUUUAUUUUUCCUGAA